AUGCUCUCCAGAUUGGAUAAUAAAAGUCGUCUGGAUCAAUUCUUAAAAGAAUGUAGGUCAGCGUACGAAACAGUGACUGGCUCAAUCAGUAACGAUAUUCGAUCUAAAGAAGAUUUAGAAUUAAUUCUUAAUAUUAUGGGCAGAAAUCCAUCUAGAGCUAAUAUGAAAUAUUAUUGGUCUAAACACACUGAGUCAGUAAGCUUUGACGAAUUCUGCGAUUACGCUGGGCAAGAAAGAGAGGUUGAUGAAAAUUUACUUUUACGUGCUUUUGAACAAGUUGAUCCAAACGGUGAUGGUUUUAUUGAGAGAGAUGAAUUAGAGCGUGUUCUGCUAAAGUAUGGCGAAAGGAUGACUCAGAGCGAAUUAAAGCAGUUGUUAGAUGAUUUUCCCUAUGACGAUAAAGGAAGAUUUCCAUUUGAGGAGUUCUGCAGAAAAUUUGCGGAUAUUAUCGAAGAAUGUCAGUCUAUUACUAAGCGAACAGGUGCUCAAAAUGGCGUUAAAGAACGAAAAAAUCUAAGUAUUAAGCAACCAAGACCUUCAAAGCGAUCUUCUAGUCGAUUAUCGAUAACUUCCUUAGCUUCUAUCCGAGAGCAAAAACCAGACGAACCUCCUAGCCCUAAAAUCUCUCCAAGAAAGUCGAGCACCGCUUCGCUUCCUAGAGAGCGUAGUCUAUCGAUGACUCGGAAAGAUAGCAUUAGUUCCGUAAAAAAAUCUUCAUCGCAAACGAAAUUAUCGAUUGUGGAACCUAAGAACUUAAAAUUGGACGUUGUUAAAUCUCGUUUGCUCUACAUUUUAUUUAAACCAAUUACUGCUUUAGCUAAAGAAUUAGCUCGUGUGGACUUGGAAUUAUUCAUAUUUAAGGAAGAAGAUAAUGAGAUCAAAGAGUACAUAUCGUGUCAAAAUGCAACUAUCAAAGGCAAAUACUGCGUAAAAACAGAUUUAAGAUCAGGCAAAUACAGAUUGAUUCCAUAUACAAGUGGCUGUAUAUUUAAACAGAGAUCUGAGGAAUCAAAAUCAGUUGCAAAAUUAGUAAAAGGCAGUGGUGAAGCAGCUGAAAUAACACAGGCAUUCAUUGAUGCAUUACAUCAUGCAUUCGAUUCUUUCGACUUGGAUGGCAAUGAUUUACUUAAUUACGAAGAAUUCAAUAACUACUAUAUAAGAGCAAAUGAUGACGAAUGUGAUUUAGAAACCUGGGGACAUGUUACAGAGUCAUAUGAAACGAAAGAUGGAGAAUUAACACGAGCUGGAUUUAUCGCAAUUCAUGAGCAAGAAGCCCUCGAUAAUCCUGAUGAUGUAACCGAACUUUGGUUUACAUUACAUGGAAUCGGUCUUAAUAAUUCACUUGUUCCAGACGAGAUAUGUCCAUUCAUCGUUGAAAUUCAUACAGAAGAUUGUGAAGGUCACGUCGAGACAACAUCAAUCAGAGAAAAUGCCGAUUUACUUGAUAGAGCAGUCUGUGCAAACGUAGUUGCUAAGGGGACUAGUAAAUCGAUUAGUGACUUAAAGGACCUACAGUUAUGGACUUAUCAAACAGACACUCGAGCAAGUUUUGUCGUAUUAAAUCAGAUGAAAAAUCCGAUGGCUGUGAAAAUAGAUUGCAGCGGGAGCCAGAAUUGUAUCAGUAGCAUUGAUGAUCUCAAGUGCAAUGUUAAGAUCAAACCAGAAGAAGCAACGGUCGGAAUACAUUUAAUGAAGGAGAAUCCAACCAAAGACUGGAGUAUAGUAUGCUACGAAGAACUAGAUCAACUAUAA